AUGGCGGCAGACAAGGUCGCCGCGCACCUGGCCGACAAGCGCAUCGCAACGGUCAGCGGUACGCAUGGUGGUUCCAGGCUGCUCGACGCCCUCGGUGUCAACGACGAAGGCGGCGCGGUCACCGUCGGCCUUGCGCCGUACCGACGCGGUACGAGAUCAAUCAGCUGGUCGCCGAACUCGGCGCCCUGGGCUGAUCGAUCCCGCUCGGCUCACUUCACGGUGAGGAUGACCUUGCCUACGGUUUCCGGCGAAUCCAGCAAC